AUUUUUUCUGUUUCUCUGAGAUGAUAACAUUGAUAUACUUAUGGAUACUUGAAUGUUUGUUUGUGUUAAUUCGUCUAUUCCCUCGACUUGUCAAUGAUUUUUAAAAACAGGUAUUUGGGAAUGAAGAUAUUGUUGGUUGAUUUAGUUCUCUUGCUUUCUUGUUUUCAUUUAGUUAGGUGCAAUAAUACGCGUUCAGACAACUUAUUGCCUGGACAAAUCCUUUCCUUUUCUGCAGCAGAUACUUUAGUGUCCAAACAAGGGAAGUUUGAACUCGGUUUCUUCUGUCCAGGUAAUUCUGAAAAGCUUUUUAUUGGUAUAUGGUAUACAAACAUAAAGCCCAAAACUGUGGUUUGGAUAGCAAAUAGGGACAACCCUAUUCGUCCUCCGUUCAAUAAUUCUCAUCUAGAGCUGUCUGAUGGAAAUCUACAACUCUUGGAUGCACGUAAACAAAGAGUUUGGAGUUCUAGUUUAUCCACACCUUCAGCAUAUGCCAAUAAAGCAGUACUUCUUGACUCUGGAAAUCUUGUUUUGACAAAUGGCAUUGACAGACAGUGGCAGAGCUUUAAUUAUCCUACAGAUACGUGGCUGCCUGGUGCGAUGAUUGGAUUUAAUAAGUCCAAGAACACACUCCAGAAACUUACUUCUUGGAGGGAUCUGAAUGAUCCAGCUUCAGGAAGCUACUCUUUGCAAGUAGGCCAGAAUCAAAAUGGUGAGUUAGUUGUUAAACAUAAUUUCCAGGAAGAAUGGAGGUCUGGGCCUUGGAAUGAAGGAGGGUUUGCUAUUAGAGCACAACAAAAUUAUUAUAAGGAUUUAUUCGACUUCAGUUAUGAUCCAACUGAAUAUAGUAAAUAUAUUACUUACAAUGUCUUUGAUGAAUCUGGCAUUUCUCGAAUUGUCUUAGAAUUUAAUGGGUUGAUGAAGCAAUGGUUCUGGUCUAAAGAUCAUCAGAGUUGGCAGUUAGUGUGGUCUCGAUCUACUGAUUAUUGUGACCAAAUAAAUUUCUGUGGUGCUUUUGGAAUUUGUGACAUGAAUGCCAGUUCACCCUGUGAAUGUUUAAAAGGUUAUGAACCGAAGUUUAAAUCAGAUUGGGAUAUUAGAAACUAUUCAGGUGGGUGUGUGAGAAAAAUUCCGAUGCAGUGUGGCAGCAAUAACAAAAAAUUUGUCCGUAUGCCAAAUGUUAAACUUCCUGUGUCAUCUCAAUCAAUGAAAGGAGGAAAUGAUCAGAUCUGUGAAUAUAUAUGUUCAUCCAAUUGCUCAUGCAAUGCUUAUGCUUACAGCAAUAGUGGAGAGUGCUUAUUAUGGUAUAGCGAUUUGAUUGAUCUGUCAAGAUUACCUAAUAAUUCAAGUCAAGUAGAGUUCAACCUUAAGCUUUUUGAGCACUCAAACAAAGGAAAGAAGAAACUACUACUGGUAGCACUAGUAGUGUCCAUCACUUCUGCAAGUUUUGUCUGUGGUACAUGCUGUUACUUUCUAUGGAGAAUAAAACUCAAGGAAAAAGGGAUUUUGGGAAGGAAAAAGUUCAGGGAAAUGUUACUUUCUAAAUCAGCAACUACCUUAUCAAAACCUGGAACUUCCAGUAAAAUGGGACAAGAAAAGAAACGUUCCAUCGAGCUGAAGUUCUUUGAAUUACGUGAGUUGAAAGCUGUGACAGACAAUUUUUCACCUGACAAUAAGCUUGGAGAAGGAGGUUUUGGGCCUGUUUUUAAGGGUCAAUUGCCAGAUGGGCAGAAAAUAGCUGUGAAAAGGCUAUCAACUCAAUCACAGCAAGGAAUUAGUGAAUUCAAAACUGAGGUCCUUCUCAUUGCUAAACUUCAACACAGAAAUCUUGUUAGGUUUCUUGGCUGCUGUGAAGAAGACGAGGAGAAAAUGUUGAUCUAUGAAUAUAUGCCAAACAAAAGUCUAGACUAUUUCAUAUUUGACGAGAGCAGGAAGUCAUUGCUUGAUUGGAGAAGGCGGUAUGAAAUCAUUAUUGGAAUCGCUAGAGGGAUACUCUAUCUUCAUCAGGACUCAAGAUUAAGAAUAAUACACCGUGAUCUGAAAGCCAGCAACAUUCUUUUAGAUGAAGAUAUGAACCCCAAGAUAUCAGAUUUUGGUACUGCUCGAAUAUUUAGUGGAAACCAGAAUGAAGCUAAGACUCUUCGAGUUGUUGGAACAUAUGCCUAUAUGUCACCUGAAUAUGCUCGAGCUGGUCUCUUCUCAGUAAAAUCUGAUGUCUUUAGCUUUGGUGUUAUAUUAUUGGAGAUCAUAAGUGGCAAAAGGAACAUGGUCUCUUAUAAUAGUGAUUCCCCUCCAAAUUUGAUACGACGGGCCUGGGAGUUGUGGAAUGAUGGUAAGGCCUUUCAGCUGGUAGAUCCAUCAAUAGUUGAUUCUUGUCCCAGUGAGGAAGCAUUACGCUGCAUUCUAGUAGGACUAUUGUGUUUGCAACUCAAUGCAGCAGACAGACCAACCAUGUCAACAAUUCUGUCCAUGCUAAGUAUUGAAGCAACAGUUCCCUCCCCGAAGCAGCCCUUCAUUACCCCUAACUCAGACUUGAUUACUACCGAAACAGCAUCAUCUUCGAUCAACGAGGUGACAAUUACAGCACCUUAUGUUCGUUAGUUGUCUGACGUGUAUAUGUAUUUCUGUUAUCUGUUUAUCAAAUGUAUCUAGUGCUCAUUACUUCCCAAAGUAUGAUAUAGUCUUCAAUGAUUCAAUGCAAAUAAUGCUAAAAGAUUUUCAAUAGACUAGUUGAUAUUACUUUUACAGAUACUCAUCACAGAAAGAUUGAGACAACAAUGCUCUUACUCAUGAUCAUAAUAUUAUUGUUGUAUUUGAUA